AUGAGCACAGUGAAAUCGAUUUUAAACUUGGUCAAAACUGAUCAUGCUCAUGUAAAGCAAGCUUAUGAGAAUUAUAUUUCAUCGGAAAACAAUCUUGAAGAACAAAACCGUUGGGCUAAUGAAUUUCGAUGGGAACUUGCUCGAAUUAUCGUAGCAGAAGAGCUCGUUGUCUAUCCAGCUUUCGAAAAGCAUUUGGGUGACGAGGGAAGGCGUAUAGCUCAUGAAGAUCGUGCUGAACAUCAUAAGAUCAAAGAGCUCUUGAAAAAGCUCGAAACAACAUCGGUGUCCGAUCCAGAUUAUCGUGCAACAUUCGACACAGCCAAAGACUUUUUAAUGUACCAUAUUGCAGGUGAAGAAGAAAAUGAUUAUAUUAAACUCGAAAAUGCAAUCACUGCUGAAGAGAAUGAUUCAAUUGCUCGAUCAUACGAGCGAACAAAAAUGUUCGUUCCUACCCGUGCUCACCCAAGUGCACCUGACAAGCCGCCUUUCGAAACUGUUGUUAGUCUUAUUACGGCUCCAAUUGACAAACUUCGAGAUUUGUUCAGCAAAUUUCCUGAUCACAAAUGA